AUGUUUGCAGAAGUAAAGAAAACUAGUUUAGGCAUUGAUAGCAUUCCCGAUUUAGUGUAUAGUCGAGCCUUAUUUCUUUUAGUCAAUACAGACUUUGCUAUGGAUUAUCCUCGUUCAAUUACACCGACUACCAAAGUAGUCGGCCCUAUACUCCCUAAACCUGCUCAAUCAUUACCUUCUGAUUUACAACAAUUUGCAUCGAAGAAUCCUAACGGCACAGAGAUUGUCUCUUUUGGUACGGUAGUAACCGCAUUAAAGUAUGUCAGUAAUGUUGCAAUGCUUUUUAAUACUUUUGGCCGGUUACCGUAUAAUGUUAUUUGGAAAUAUACGGAGGAUAUUCCGCAAAGUAUUGCUUCAAAUAUUAAAAUUAUUCAGUGGUUGCCACAGAAUGAUCUCCUUAGUCACUUAAAUACCAAAGUACUUGUUACGCAUUGUGGUUUAAAUAGCAUUCUCGAAGGAGCUUAUCAUGGUGUACCUAUGAUCGGUAUUCCAGAUGUCGGUGAUCAAGCCAGUCAUGGGCCUAAAAUAGCAGCUAAAAAUGUUGGAAUAGUAUUAAAUGUAAAAGGAAUGACGCAAGAUGAUCUGUAUUAUGCAAUUAUCAACGUUACAACACGACAAGAUAUUUUAGAAAAGAACUCUUAG